AAUACAGAAGAUGAGAAGAAGUAUUUGUGAAGGCGGAGUUGGGUGUUCAUCAUAGCACAUGACCAGCUCUUUUUAGCUGUAACUGCGAAAGAAAUAUUCAUGAACUGAAAAAGAUAAAGAGAUGAAGGUUUAUUAUUUCAUGGGAAAUUUGAUCAUUUGAGCCGGAACGGAAUCUCUCCUAGCCGUGCUAAAUUCCUACUCCUAGUUGCCGCAAUCUCAAGCAGCCACAUUUAAAUGCACAAUCUUUGACCAAUUUCAAGAACUUAUUAUUUAAACUCCCCAACUUGAUUCAACUCGUCCGCACAGCACCCAAAUCCCAAGUCUUGAGAAACUUCGAGAUUCUUGAAGGGCUCUUAGCAUGGAGUUAGGCCCCGAUCACUUCAGGUCUCUGAAUCAGGAUCUUCUAGUGGAGAUCAUGUCGAGACUUGACGGAUCCACCCUUGCAGCCACCGCCUCCACUUGUACUGCCCUCCGGGAUGCAGCUGGAGAUGAAAGACUCUGGCAAAAGUUGUGCAAUGAAACCUGGCCCUCAACAUCAAAUGGACAACUCCAAUUCCAGAUAGCAUCUUCCAAGAUCGGAAGUUUCAAGAGUUUGUACACUGACGCCUUUCCGUUGGUCUUGUACGAGGUGACGAGACGGGCUCCAAAACGUAUCCCCACAGGCACCAUACAGGACACCACUUCAUCCCCUUGGGAUUUCAUUUCAUUAAUUGACAUAUAUUACAAGGGACGCUGCAUUUUCUCCAAAGUUGUGGAUGGCAUGAUUGAAAGCAUGUACAGAACGUGCAACAAUGAUUUCAGUAGGUUUUUGUGUUAUCCCUUUAAACUAGAUUUGCUGGACUUCUACUAUCCUGUAGGAGCAAGUCAUGAAUUUCAAGAUUUUGGCAGCACGGGAAACAACUUAACAAAAUUACCUAUGGCUGCCUUCACGGGUUAUGAAGGAAGAGAAGACCUUUGCAAUAUGAUUGUUGGAGACUUGCAACUAAGUUGGAUUCUGUAUGACAAGAGAAAAGGCAGGGCCGUCAACAUCUCAAGCUGGAAACCUCGAUCAAUUUACAGGAAUAACCCCCCAGAAGAAGGCUAUGUAAUCUGUUUUGGGUCUAUCAUACCCAUAGAAGACAGUAGACUCCCUCACACUUUGGCUGAGUUCAUCAUAACGGUAAAAUGCAAAUUGAUGAUCAAACAAGGAUGCAUAAGAUGGAGGGAAAUAAGCUUGGUCAUAAACAACAGUUCCGGAUCACACCUUAACGGGGAGCAAAGUAUGGCAGUCAUGAAGCAAGCUCUCAUUUGCCCCCGUAGUAUAAAUCACUACAUGGUGGAAUUGGGUUACCAACAGUUCUGCAAGCAGAAAAUAGAAAUGAAAUUGAGACAGCAGCAAGAGGAGUCAUUAGCUAACAUAGCCUGUGCUGCAACGGCCAUUGCAGCACUUCUUGGCAUUUGCUAUGCCUGUGCCACACUGUUGUAGCUGUUGUGGGACAUUACUUAA